UCUGCGUCGAGCCGUCCUCGCCGCCGGUAGUCGCGGCCGCGCGUGUGAUGCCCGCGCGACGCCCGCCAUGGCCACGCUCGGCCUCUCCAAGGUGUUCAUCCUCGACAAGUACUUCACCGAGCUGCAGAAGUUCUGGGAGACGGAGAAGAAGCUGCAAGAUGCGUCAUCAUCGAACGAGGCGGUGCACCUGCAGCGGCGGCUGCUCAGCCUGGGCUCGGAGUUGGUGACGCUGCGCAACCACCUGCACGUGGGCGGCGCGCAGCUGGGCGUGGGCGGCGCCCUGCCCGGGGGCGCGCUGCCGGCCGCGCUGCCGGGGCGCAAGCCGCAGCCCGCCGUGCCGCCGCGCACCGCGCCCGCUGCGCCCGCGCAGCCGCCGCAGCAGCCGCCUCCGCCCGGGGGCGCCAACUCGGGGGGCGAUGUGGACGACCUCAUCCACCUGCGCGGGCCCCUGACCGAGGACGCGGUCGUUAGGGCGCUGCAGGCACGCUUCUAUCAUAAUAAGUUUUAUACAUGGAUCGGCCCAAUCCUGGUCUCUCUCAACGGCUACACGGACACCAGCAACCCGCUGACGCUGAGCGCGGCGCGCGCGGCGUGCCGGCCCGAGCUGGCCCGCCUCGUGCACGACGCGGUCCGCCACCAGGCUGACACCGGCUACCCGCAGGCCAUCAUACUGUCCGGCGUGUCCGGGUCAGGCAAGACGUACGCGUCGAUGGUGCUGCUGCGGCGGCUGUUCGACGUGGCGGGCGGCGGCCCCGAGACAGACGCCUUCAAGCACCUCGCGGCCGCCUUCACCGUGCUGCGCUCGCUGGGCGCCGCCGCCACCGCUAGUAAUGAGAACUCCAGCAGGAUCGGCCACUUCAUCGAGGUGCAGGUGACGGAUGGCGCGCUGUACCGCACCAAGAUCCACUGCUACUUCCUGGACCAGUCGCGCGUGGUGCGGCCGCUGCCCGGCGAGCGCAACUACCACAUCUUCUACCAGAUGCUGGCGGGGCUGAGCGCGGAGGAGCGCGCGGCGCUGCACCUGGAGGGGCGCGGGGCGGGGGAACUGCGCUACCUGGCCGCGCCGCCGCGCCGCGCCGACCCCGACGACGCCGCGCGCUUCCACGCCUGGAAGACCUGCCUCGCCAUCCUCGGCAUCCCCUUCCUGGACGUGGUGCGCGUGCUGGCCGCCGUGCUGCUGCUGGGCAACGUGCAGUGGGCGGAGGGCGCGGGCGGCGCGGCCGAGCCGGCGGGCGACGCCGAGCUGGCGGCCGCGGCGCAGCUGCUGGGCGUGGCGCCCGGCGCGCUGCUGCGGGGGCUCACCGCGCGCCGCCCGCCCCGCGCCGCCCGCGCCCACGUGCGCGCGCCCGCCACGCCCGCUGCCGCCGCCGCCGCGCGCGACGCGCUCGCCAAGGCGCUGUACUGCCGCACCGUGGCCACCAUCGUGCGCCGCGCCAACUCGCUCAAGCGGCUCGGCUCCACGCUCGGCACGCUCAGCUCCGACAGCAACGAGUCCGUGCACAACCAGUCGCGGCGCGCGUCGUCGGCCGGCGGCUCCGGGGGCUCGCGCGGGGGCGGCGCCGCCGGCAAGUCCAUGGCGGCGCUCAACGACGCAGUGCGCCACGCCACCGACGGCUUCGUGGGCAUCCUCGACAUGUUCGGCUUCGAGGACGCGGCCCCGAGCCGCCUCGAGCACCUGUGCGCCAACCUGUGCGCCGAGACCAUGCAGCACUUCUACAACACGCACGUGUUCAAGUCGUCGGCGGAGUCGUGCCGCGAGGAGGGCGUGUCGUGCGCGCCCGAGCUGGACUACGUGGACAACGUGCCGUGCAUCGACCUGGUGUCGUCGCUGCGCGGCGGGCUGCUGGCCGCGCUGGACGCGGAGUGCGCGGCGGGCGCGGCGGGGGCGGCGGGGGGCGCGGGGGCGGCGGGGGGCGAGGCGGAGCGCUACGUGGGCCGCGUGCGCGCCACGCACCGCGCGCACCCGCGCCUGCUGGAGCCGCGGCCCGCGCACCCGCGCCGCUUCGCCGUGCGCCACUACGCGGGCGACGUCACGUACGACGCCAGCGACUUCCUGGAGGCGAACCGCGACACCGUGCCGGACGAGCUGGUGGCGGCAUUUGCUCGACGCGGCGGGUCCGGGGGCGCGGGCGCGGGGGGAGGGUGCGAGUUCGGGUUCGCGACGCACCUGUUCGGCGCGGAGCUGAAGGCCCUCGAGGCGGGGGGCGGAGCGCGGGGGGCGCACUUCCGCGCGUCGCCCACGAGCCACGCCGCGCCGCUGGACGCCGCCGCGCCCGCCUCCACGCUCACGCAGGACUUCCACACGCGCCUCGACAACCUGCUGCGCACGCUCGUGCACGCGCGCCCACACUUCGUGCGCUGUCUGCGCGCCAACGCCACCGAGGCGCCCAUGGUCUUCGAGAGACAAACCGUUGCCAAACAGGUCCGCGCCCUCCAAAUCCUCGAGACCGCGACGCUAAUGGCGAGCGGCUACCCGCACCGCAUGCGUUUCCGCGCGUUCAUUGGUCGCUACAGAGCCGUGGCCCGUGCAGCGGCGGCGGGCGACGGCGGCGAGGCGGCCGCGGCCGUGCUGCAGGCGGCAGAGGCACAGGCCCCCGCCCCGGCCUCGCCCGCCGCGGUCCGCUGGGCGAUUGGGAAGCGACAUGUGUUCCUUAGUGAAGGGAUGAGACAGGUGCUAGAGCGCAUGCGUCGCGUCCGGCGGCAGGCGGCGGCGGAGUGCAUCCAGGCGGCGUGGCGGAGACACCGGCAGCGCCAGCGCGCGCCGCCCCAAGCGCCGCCGCCCGCGCCCCGGCCCAGACCCGCGCCUAUUGCCGGCACGCCGCCGCCCGACCCGGCCGACAAGUGCGACCCGGCACUCGUGCGACACACCUGCUCGCUCUUCGGACUCGAUCUGGAGCGCCCUCCACCCCUCCCUCCCUCCCGCGCCUACACAGUAGCCGGCGGGGUGAAGCUGGGCUACCCGCAGACGCGCGUGGUGGCCAUCGACUGGAGCCUGGAGGACGCCGCGCCCGUGCGCCUGCGCGCCGGCGAGACGGUCACCGUGGUGGGCGCCGCUAGGAGAGGGCAUCUGGCUGUACAGGUCUGCGGUCGCACGAUAGCGGUGCCUCACGGGGUGCUGACUCCGGCCAGGGCGCCGCCCGCGCGCCUGCAGCCGCCGCCGCCCGCCCCACCGCCGCCCGCGCCCGCCCUUGCGUAAUCAAAUAACGUAUUUCAUCUAUUAUACCCAGGUUUUAACUAGGCAGAUAUCACUUGAUACAGAAUUUUUUAGAGCACCGUAUAUAUGAAAAAAAUUCGAUUACUUACAGUAAAAUAUAGCCAUUUGGUGAGUUAAGUAAUGAAUAACUUUAAAUCGGUGGACCAGUCUCACCUCAGCUUUGCCUGAAA